GAUGGAACCGAGCGUGUGAGCGUAUUUUUUCUAAGCGCGCACUACAAUUGUUUACGAUACCAAUCAACUCCUCCGGUGGUGCUUUCUAAAGUGUACACAGAUGGUGCGGUAGUUUCGUUUUGCCUGACGCAGGACCACUUGCGAUCAGACUAGGAAGUAUGUUGCGUCCGGUCCGUCUUUCGUCUUGCGUUCGCGCGUCGAACCCCCGCACGAAACCGCGGCACGUGAUCCACUGCCUGUCGUUUUCCUCAACUAGCGCAAGCACCUCGAGCAGCAGCAGCAGUACAACUAGUUCCAGACCACUUUCUCCUCCAACCACCCUCCCCCCACCCCCCGCGGCCUCACAUACCAACCCUUUGGAUUUCCAGGCAGCCCAGGAUGGCGAGGAGGGCGUGGCGUUGCGUGGUCCAGACUUUGUCACGCUCCGGGAGCCCGAAAACCUGUAUCGCCGCACCCGCCCGGAGCACAGCCGGGUCUUCGAAUGGGGCGUCGGGAAUAAGUUUCGUGCGGACAGCAAAAAUCGCUUUAUGCCCGUGCACAAGCCGCACCCGAAGGAGAUCGUGGUUCGGAACGACUACUACGACAGUCCGAGCAAAAACAUGUUUUUUGAGGACCACAACGAACAGUGGGAAGUGCUGUUCUACCAGGACUACAAGUGGCACGCCAAGCCGUUCCCGGUGAAGAAGUUCGGUCUUGAGCGCGCCAAGCGCGAGGCCUUGGCGUUUCUGGAAGAGAAAAAGGACUUUUUGGAGGACUGGAACGCGGCAGCCACGAAAGACCAAGAAAAGGAUUUUAUCGAUCCGCGGCUGCGCAUUCCGGAGAGAACUGUCUUCGGCACGCACGACUUCGCUGCCGGAGCCCACCCGGAAUACAGCCGACCGGUGCCGCGAAUCGGAGAGGGCGACCCGACGGUUGAUGCACCCGCAAGAAUCGGACCAGGUGUUGUGUCGAAUGAUGCGGUUGCCAAAGCUGGUGCGAAAGAAAUGAUCAGUGCGGAAACUACCAGUGCAACUUCUUCUGUUCUUCCCGCUCAAGAAGAAUCCGCCGCAACCCACCCGCCGCUCUACUCGUGCGCGUAUUCUUCGGCGCUGAAGAAAUUCAGUGGCACUUUCGCGGCGGAGCGGAGAGACGCCAAACUGGAGGCCAGAGCGGGCAGCGCCAUCGCGCGGGCCGCGAUUAGCCGGCAAAUCAGCGAAAAGCGGGCGAUGUUUACAGAAAAGGAACUGCACAGCGACCCGACCGUGCCCAUCGAGUUUGACGCGCGGAUGCAGGGCUGGACCGUGUUUUAUUACGACGAAAGCGGGCGGCCGAAGACGAAGUGCUACUCGGCGAGAAAGUGGGGAAAUCAAGUGGCGCGGGACAAGGCGUUGGCGCUCUACCAAGAGCGGGGAUUGGGGUUGGGAUAGCUCUUGCGAACCUCCUCGUGGCGGGCGGAAUUGUUUGAUGCGAAAAUUGCUUGCAGGUCUGCAGAACUGGUGGGGUGGAACAGGUUUUUACUUGCGCCUUUCGGUGGACUCUGGAUCUACUCAUCGUAGAUGAAACUUACGGUGAACUCGGGUGGUGAAACAUCUUCUUGUUCUUUGAAUCAUAGCAAACAAAGCACUUUGAUGACUUCCAAAGCUUCUCCCAGUGCUGGCGCGAAAAGAACACGAAGUAGGUAUGCAUUGGCCCUUGAAGUAGAUCUGAUAUGUGCUUUGUGAAAAAUCUGGAAUCUUCGCCGCACGCACAAGUCCACCCUAGAGCACCGACACGAAAUGAACGGAAAAUCGUGGGAAAACAAGAAAAUCGCAUCGCAGCAUCGCAU